AUGGCGGACGAAGAGGGUGCUUCCCCCCGUGAACUCGUCCUCGAAGCGUGCCGACGCAACAACACCGAGCUGCUUGAGGAAACUCUGAAAGACCUUGCUGCUGCUGCCUCGAAAUCAGGGAAGAAGCCAGAGGAUCAUGUCGCCGAAACAUUGAACAACACACGCGACGGCGUGGGUAACGGCUGCCUUCACGUCGCGGCAACAUACGGAAGCUUCGAAGUCAUCGACAUGCUUCUCGACCAAGACGGUCUUGAGAUCGACGAGAUCGACCGCAUGGAGCAGGAUACUCCCCUUCACAAAGCCGUACGCUACGUCAACUCGCUCGAAAAGUCCGUCUGGCCCCACGGACACUCCAUCGUGGCCAUGCUUCUAGACGCAGGAUGCGAUCCGAGAAUAAGGAACAAGGCGAAGCUCAAGCCCAUUGAGUUGGUGGACCCGAGGAACACUGAGCUGAAGAGCAUGCUGCAAAAGGGUGAAGUCUCCAUGCUGAUGGGCGGUGACGUGGUGGAAGACGACGACGAUGAUGGCCCAACAGGAAGCGCUAGCGAUAGCGAUUGA